UUCCUUUGUCCAGUAAACAAACAAGCAAACUUACCUAGUAUAAUUUCACUCGUAACAAAGCUAUUAGUAGGGUAUCAUAUUAAGAAAUAACUACUCUAAGGCCGAAGGGUAUGGAGGCACCACGCCACCACCCCUGCCACCUCACCAUCGAUAGCGCCCAUGGGGCGCCACCACCCUUACCGAGCAUGUUAACGGGGGGCGCCAUGGGUCUCUCGCCAUUGUGUUAACCGAAGAAAAAGGGGGUGCAGGUGGGGCCCACCUCUUUUCAACCGAUGAAAUCUUUUUUUUUUUAAUUUUGUUUAAUAGGGGGGGCUUUAUCCCACACUAUGCAAGUUAAGGGAAGGGGCCUUAAAGCCCCAUAUCUGACGUGGACAUGACGUGUCGUGUCGUGUCGUGUCGUGACACUGACGUGGCGUUUUAAAGCCCCUAAAGGCUUUAUCCCACACCCUCCAUCCAAAGAGUUUUAUUUAGAAAAUGGAUAAGGUAGUUACAAUCGAAAAACCCAAUAAGGAUAACCAAGAAGUAGUAUAUUGGAACCCAACAUGAAAUUAUAGCUCUAUAAAGAUUCAUGUACAAAUUUUAAUUUUAAUAUUUUCUUUUAGAACUAACUAACAUACUCACUGAAAUUCUACUUCUAAAAAUAUAAAGUUUUUUCAAACACCUCGGGGAUAGGGCUGAUCAAGCGCCAAACCGAGCCAGGGCAAUCUCGGCAAGGCUAGAUUAUAAACCGAGCUGAUUGGCUUGGCUCGGAUUUGAAACCCAACUAGAAAUCUUAGCUUGGGCUCGACUUGGUUCUAAAUCGAGCUAGCUCCAGUCAGCUUGAUUUGGCUCGAUUUUGAAAGGAAAAGUUAAUACAUAACUCUGAAAAUUUAGUAGUCUAGGAUAUUAUAUUAUAGUUCAAAAGAACAUAUAAAAAAUAAACUCAAUCUAAUACAUUACAAGCAAAAUCAAGUUUGACAACACAAAAUAAGUUCUAAAUUUUAACUAAAUACAAUAUAAGUUCAUUAGCAUGGUAAUCAACCUUGAAAAAUGCUAUACUUAUCAAAUUACACUCUUAGACUGCGGGGAGUGGAGCGGCUUGGGUUUGAUGCAUUGUUCGACACGUGACGAGGGUGGGAUCCACAAGCUUAUGAUGAAAAAUGAGAGGUGUGGUGUGGCGUGGCUUAGCUUGGCGCGGCCAGCCAUGUUGGUUUUUUUUAAUUAAAGUAGCCAACCAAAGCCAUUGAAGCAGCCAACCAAAGCUAGCCAAGUCACCCUGCCCCCUCGCCCCACGCCAGUUUGAAUACCCACGCUAAAGGUGCAACGCCAUGCCCUGCCCUAAUCAACGCCCCACUCCCUGCAGUCUUAAACACAUGUAAAUAAUAAUCAGUUUUUUUAUAAUAUAUCAUAAUGUAUAUAAAAAUAAAUAUAUUAAAAAAAAUAAUCCGAGCUAAGCUGAGCCGAGCUACCAAGUGAGCCAAAUCAACUCGUUACAAGCCGAGCCGAGUUAGGCUCACUUCCUAACCGAUCCGAGUCGGCUCGGCUUAGUUUCAAAUCAAUCCAUAUCGUGCGAGCUUUUUCCAAGCUAAAUCCGAGCGAGCUCCGAACCGCGAAUUUUUUUCACAACCCUUCUCAGGGAGGAAUACCAUGUUCCAACAACAAGGUACAACCGAUAUAUGCGUAAAGUACCAAUUACCAAAUGAAGACUUGGACGCAUUAAUCACAGUCACAAGUGAUGAAGACGUGGAAAACAUGAUGGAUGAGUACGACCGCUUGGCUCACAAUCACAAAACAGCUCGGCUCAGGAUCUUCCUUUUUCCUACCGACACAUCACUCUCACGAGCCAGCAGCAUCAGCUCACUGCUGAACGGCUCCGUUAAGCGCGAACACUGGUUCCUAGACGCGCUUAACGGAGGCCCAAGUCUGGAGCGUGGAAGAUCCGAAGUCUCGUCCAUAGUCUCGGAAGUACCGGAUUAUUUAUUCGGGUUGGAUAACCCGGAUGACUCGAAACCCAAAACCCGAUACUUUGUUAAUGAUAAUGUUUCAGUGUCGGAUCCAGGAUCACCAGCUCCUCGGAUAUCUUCUCCUUAUUGUUCAACUUCGUCGACAUUGGGGCCCACGAUGGCUCCCCUGGCCCAAAACCUUCGGCCCGUCAAAACUAAACUCGAUAACGCGGCUCCACUUGUUAGUGAGCCGAAAGAAACGGUUAUCGAGCAUUUUGCCGAGGCUAAUGAUCCAGUUAUUAUGAAGCAAGCGGAUUAUACAAGUCAACCAGUGUAUUAUAUACAACAGACUUCCUCACCGGCCCCGGUGCCAGAGAUGCCGGUUUAUUACAUGCAACCACCGGGUUUGAUCCCUCGGGAGAAUGUUCAAGUUCAAGCUGUGCCGAUUCGGGCUCAAUAUGCUCCACAAUUUAUUGGGCCUUCGGGUCAAUUGCUUCAGCCUCAAGUAUCAAAUAUGGGCCAAGUGUUCUCGGGAAUGAGGCCCGUUUCAGGUGGGGAGUCAUAUGACGUGUUGGGUCGAAGCGGUGGCGAGCCAGUCCAGCCCGUUUAUUACGGGCCAAGAUAUAUUGGAGUUCCAAGCUAUCCGGCUCCAGGUGUGGUUUUGCCAGUUGGGGAAGAAAUGAAGCAACCAGGCCCACCCGGACCCGAAGCACAAAUGGGCCGGGCUCCACAGUGAGGCUUAAUAAAUGGGUAUUCCAUAAUCUUACCAAUGGGCCGGGCCCAUGUUUGAUAUCUUUUGUUUGACACUUUUUUUUCUUUUAUGGAGUUGUUUGAUUUAUGAACCGUACAUAUUUGAUUGUGGAUUGUAAAACAAUUAUUUAUGAGAGCCAACAUUUUGAACCCGGUCUCCUGGUUUCGAACCCGGGUCUCCUGAUUUCGAA